AUGCCACAGGCAGAUGUCCUCAAGAAUGCCUACAGCCCUGGGAAAAAGUCCGAGGCGCAGCAGGCAAGAAUUCAGUGUGCAGUUGAAAAGGGAACAUGCAGCCUCUUCAUGUACGCAGAUGCAAAUCACUUAAAAUGGACACUGGGUCUUCCAGGGGGAUGGAUAAGCGUCCAGCGCAGCGCGAGCGUGAACGUGGAGAGAGGGGACCUCGUUAUAAUCGGCCAAUUGGCUUUCAGCGGAAGGGAGAAUAAGUUGCUCGACCAGAUUAAACGGGCUGUGCCCACUCUUCUCAGCUCAGGGAUUCUGGAGGGAAAUCCUCCAACCCGAUUGCGUCUAGUGGCAAUACUCGCUAGAUCUGGAAGGGCGAGCCUUGUGCAGGGAUCAGGUCGUCGCAGCCCCGUGGCGCUUGGCCGUGCGAGCCUUAGGCGGAUUGCAUGCCAAUCAUAUCACGGCGCGCAGAUUAAUCUCGAAAGGCCUGAGUAUUGUCACCACACCGCGCAUCUAACGCUUCAAGCGACACGAGCAGCUAGCCAAUACUGCGACAAGAUAAGUAAGACUUCACGUCGACAGAGCCCGGGUCCUGGACGCUGCACAGCGACGAGAAGAGGCGGUCAGAAACGUGGACAGCUGAGCAGACGCUGGUUGGAGGUUGACUGUAAGGAGUACAAGGAAGAGUUGACUGGACGGCUGCGUCAAACCCGGUCGGACGGGCUGCUCAGAGGAAGGGUUCGCCGAUUGAAUGGAGCGAAAGUGGCCUCAGUCGGGAUUAUAAUUGAUCAAGGAGGGCGUUCUUCCUUCCCGUUUAUCCUGCCAGAGCCUCGAGCACCUCCUUUGUCUUCUCUGCAGGCCAUUGUUGGCCAUAUGUCCUCUUUUGGCUUCAGAUAUGAGACCUCACAAACCGAUCCACAGCAACCCAUUGUGCUCAAGAUACAUCUUCCAUCUUGGUUCUGGAGUGAUGUGUUGUCCGCGGAAACGUACAGAUCUUCGACGGUGGAGUUGUCUGGGAGUAGUCCACUUCUUGCCUAUCUGACCAACUUCCUCAGAGAGCGGUUGGGAUUAUAUUCCACCAUAGAGAAGCGAGGAACGAACAAUUCCGAUGAUUAUAAGCUAACAGCCAAUGCGCAUCUCAUGAUAGAGUGGCGUAAUGGCAAUCCGCACUGCCUGAAGUCACGGUUGCCCCUCCGUGCGCCGUUAAGGCCCCGCGCUUGGGAUGAACUCCUCAUUCUGCCCGCCAAAGUGGCUGGCUGCUCCCACUUGUCAAUCCAUUCCAUCCUCCAGUAA